GUAUCGUCUACAUAAUUCAACAACGGAGAGGACUCUACUACCGAAAUAUAAAUAAAACAUAACCUAGUCUCCUUCUGGACCGUGCCGGCAUGUAGGCCAGCUACCUUUGCUGUAAAGCUUUACCUACGUAUACAGUGCCUAUAGGAGCCCUGACCCAGACACCCUGCACAUGCGCAGUCGGCAGUCCGCUCGUCGCCACCAAAACAACAGGCGCGACAAUAACCCAGCUCAGUUUUUAACCGUGUUCCCCGUUUAGAGACCACGUAAUCAAUCUUUUAAAAGAAAUAGGUCUUCGAUCGAAUAAGCUCACUUUCCACAAAUAGAAAUCGGUUCACGCACGCGCGGGUUUAUCAAAACAAACCAUUCUAGUUGCGAUGUGAACAUGGACGAGCGUAAAAUACUCUUUUUCGGCAUCUCAGCAAUGGUUUACUGCGCGUACUGCGCACUUAUGUGGUACGCGAAAGCACCGGAGGCUGAAGUUGACAUUCCAUCUCCAAGUCAACCAGAAGUACCAGAACCGACGCCGGAAAUCAUACGCGAAAUCAUUCAAAACAAAACAGAAGCUGCAAUACCGGUGCUGAUUAAGAAGAAGAAACGUGCGCCGGUUGUUUUGAAAGACGCGUGCAGCAUUCUCGAGGUGUUCACGACGAAGCCACAGACCAAAUGUGUGAAUUGCCAUCAGAGCAGAAACGUGGAUGCCAACGCCAACAACAACGCGCUCGCUGUCUUCGGCAUCAUGGUGUUCCUCACGGUCCUGGUCAUCAACGCCAUCCUCGACGUACUCAAAGUCAAAGAAGAAGAACUUAUCAGAAAGAAGCACAACCCAGACGGAGACAGGCGACACUCUCUGGCAGAAUUCGCCAAUAAGAAAACCUUGAGGAGGGAAUCCAGUAAAUUCAGUCUGAACUUGUUUCAAAUUCCCGAGGGUUCGAAGAAGGAGGAAGAAGAGAAGAAGCCGAAGCGACACCCGAGGCCCUACAUGAGGGGGGAGUCUACCAACUCUUAUUUGACUGAGAAGAAUCUGCAGAAAGAAGCCGCUUCUACGCCCCGCACUUGUGAGACCCCGACAGGAGACCCCAAGUUGGGGCUGCGGCCAUCAGGUGCGAAGAUCUUUGGGGCCCGCCCGUCCCCCCUGGUGCGCCGGUCCUCGUUCCCGGCCCUGCCGCUCAACCCUGACGUGCAGGGGCUCAUGCUGGGCCACCGGAGACCCUCCACUGCUGACAGCGAUGAUGAAGACCGCGGCAGAAGGGUUAGGAUUAUACGGAGGUAUUGAAGGGUUGGGGAAGAAGGUUGAGGAAUGUUGGAUUGGAAUUGGGGAUGAUUUAUAGGGGGCUGUCUGAAUUGAUUGAACAUUGAUUGUAGAAUACCGAGUCACUAUCUAUAUUUUAAUUGCCAUAAGACACCUGAAAAUAAACUUUAAAAGGUGUGCAGUGAAGGGGGAAUUGUCGGCCACCCGUAUUUAAAGUCUUCAUUACUGACAAUAUUGAAAUUAAUUUUAAUACUAGAGUCCAACGGCGGCGGUGGUAGAUGAGAAUAGGCAACCUGGACACGAGACGAAACAUUCGUUGGAUUCGUUUGUAUAUUUAUUUGUCAUGAAUUAAGAAAUGAAUUUGUAGUUGGUAAUGUUGGUAUAUUGUAAGUUUGGAUCGUCUUCAGAGAAGCGGAUUAAUAAAUUGCGGUGCUGUGAAUUUGUGAGAUCAGAAUAAGGCGCUCUAGUAGUCUAGAAUACUUUACUGGUAUGAAGCUAGUAUGGAAUGGUGUGAAACAUAAAGGGUUGAAUAUUUGUGAAUGUCGAAAAAGGCUAAAGGCCCAUGGAAGUUAGUAAUUAUUAUGUUUAUGGAAAGACCAAAGCACCUUGUCAUCGUUAAAUAUAUUUUUUACCACCUAAUUUGGCUGUACCUGAGAGCUAAUGAACUUUAUUAAAGCUUUAUGUAUUAUAAGCUCUGUAUGUUGGUACUUAUAUUAUGUGAAAGAUUUAUGAUGAUUUUAUAUGUUUAAAGUGGAUGUAUUCUUUUUAGUGAAAUUAUUUUCUAGUCGUAGAUACGCUUUAGGGAUACAAAAUAAACCGUUUAUUUUUUAUUUAAGAACUCUAUACAAAGGUAUUUUAGUAAAUAAAUGGCACCUAAGUAGUGAUAGCAAAUAGUCACUUGUACUAUUCUUGAACGAACUUAUUUAUAAUUACUUAGUGAUUGUUUUAUCUUUCAUUAAAUCAUAGCUUUAAGUAAAUCGUGUCAAAACUAUUUA